UUAUAUGCGCUGGCUAGGUACUGGGUCCUUAUUUGCAAGGGCUGUUCUUCGCAGUUCUCUGUGAGGAGAUGGCAACUUUGAGUGGUGUGGGUCAAGUGGCCACCGUUGCGCAGCUAGCAGGGAUAGAUGCAUAUGGGCUGAUCAAGAUGAUUGUGGAGGCAGUGCAGACGGUCAAGAGGAACAAAGAGACCUGCCAGAAGCUCGCGAGGCGUGUGAAGAUGAUAGGUGACCUGCUGCAGGAGCUUCAUGAGGCACAACUGAUGCAACACCGAGAUACGAGGAACCCAGUGGAGCAGCUGGAGGAGACACUUCGGCGAGCAUUUAUGCUCAUCACAACCUGCCAGGACAGCAGUUUCAUGUAUCAUUGCUUUACUGGAGGUAAUCAGGCUUGCCAGUUACAGGAGGUGGAGAAUGAUAUCGCCUUCUACCUCCAGAUAUUCCCCCUCGUGAGCCAUGUAGAUACUUCCCGUACUUUCGUCCUGGAUUUGAGCAGACGUCAACCUUCACAUACAGAGGAGUAUGCCAAGGAGGCGCAGAUACUAAAAGACGAUUCAGGCCAUGCAACUUCACCAAAGUUUAAAGCCACAUCUGAGACAGUUGAAUCAAGACUCCAGGAAGUAAAUCAGAAUUCGGCAAAUAGUAAAGAAAAGUUAACAGGGAACCAUUUUUCCAAUGGACCACAAAAAAGGAAGGCUGAACGAAUAGCUGUGGACAAGGACAUACUUGUAAACCUAUUAUGUGCUGAGAGAUGUUCAAGAUUGUUGCUGUUUAAUCUUUCUCAGGUCGUAAAGUUUACAGAAAAUUUCAAAUGGGAUAACGUGGUUGGACGUGGUGCUUUUGGUUAUGUUUACAAGGGAAAACUGCCUAGUGGAACUGAGAUUGCGGUCAAAAGAUUUGCAGCAUCGUCAACUCAAGGUUUAGAAGAAUUCACUGCUGAGAUUGAAACAAUUGCAAAUCUUCAACAUAGAAAUGUAAUUAGGCUACUUGGGUUUUGCAUUCAAAGAGAAAAGGACUUUCUUGGAUUUCAUAUUCAGCAUGAAGAGAUGAUUCUUGUCUACGAAUACAUGCCAAACAAGAGCCUGGCUUCUUUUCUCUACAGCUAUACAAAGACAAGAGAAUCACUUAAUUGGUCUAAACGCCUCCAUAUAAUUGAAGGGAUAGCUCAGGGUCUUGUUUACCUGCAUGAUCUAUCUCAUCAAUGUGUUGUCCACAUGGAUUUGAAAGCAAAUAAUAUAUUGUUAGAUUAUGACAUGAACCCUAAGAUUUCUGAUUUUGGGAUGGCUAGAAUAUUGCCUUCUAGUGGGACUGAAGAGACCUCAGAUACUGUUAAGGGCACAAAUGGUUAUAUGGAUCCUGAAUAUAUCAAGUAUGGGAAAUUCUCAGUGAAGUCUGAUGUUUAUAGCUUCGGCAUCCUGAUCCUUGAGAUC